AUGGAUGAAACCGGAAUCCUUGAGGAAGGCGAGAUCUUUUGUAUCGUCGAAGUUAACGGAACACCGAAAGUUAUCACUAGAAAGAAAUUGAUCAUCACCCGUUCUCCAGCACUUCACAAGGGCGACAUUCAGACAGUGACAGGCGUGACCGUGCCCGACAAUUCUCCAUUGAUGAACCUUUGCAAUUGCAUAUGUUUCAGCCAGAAGGGUAAACGAGACCUGCCCAGCAAAUUGAGUGGUGGAGAUCUUGAUAGAGAUCUCUACCAAAUCAUAUUCGACCCCAACGCGCGACCGGAAUGGGUAUUUCCCCCAGCAGACUAUCACUCACCCACUCCGAUCGAGUUAGAUCGGCCCGUUGAACGAAAGGAUAUGACGGACUUCUUUGUUCAGUUCAUGGCUACUGAUCAACUAGGCCGAAUUGCUGUACUACAUAAAGUUCUUGCGGAUCAAAAGGAACAUGGCGUUUUAGACCCUGAUUGCUUGUUGUUGGCUGAAAUGCACUCCACAGCGGUUGAUUUUUCGAAAAGUGGCAUCCCGGUUAGUGUCAAGAUGCCACGUUACAACAAGUAUCGUCCAGACUUCAUGGCGCCAGGUCCGCAUGUCCUUGUACAGAAUAACAAGCCACUAGAAUUCGAUGCUCCGCCUGAGCCUGAAUUGUUUCAAGACGAUGAUGAUGUCGCAGGAUAUAAAUACUAUAGGAGUGAAAAAAUCCUGGGGAAGCUAUACCGUGCCAUCGAUGAGCGUGAAGUCUUUGGAAGCGUGCAGAAAGAAGGGCUACUGGCAUAUUUGAACGAGGUGGAUAAAAAAACAAUCUCCGUCAGCACUGUACUUGAAGGCAUUUGGAAUUACGUUCAGUAUCGGUGUCAGGCAAUACCGUGGAAACACCACCUUGAUCGGGCUCGAGGGAUCCGCGAUGAAUACGAAGACUGCGUCACAAACAUCUCCUACGAGUACAGUUCGCAACCCUCGCGCGCCAUCAGCGAGCGUGAGGUCUUCGUCGGCAAUAUACUCGGCAAAUUCGGUGCUCAGAACAAACGACAACAUGAGCUCUCCAUCAGCAUGAAAGAGCGCUUCAAUGACGAUCUUACCUAUAUCGUAAACUGCAUUGUCAAAGAUGGUACUGCGAUGAGCGAGGAAAGCUUGGCAAAAAGUAUCGCUUGUUUGAAUGUGGCAUUGGAAGAGACAACGUAUUCGAAGACUGGCGUGGAGUUAGUCAGUUUUAGGCGCUGCUCACGCCGUAAUGAGAGACGAACAAUCUCGCGGUUUGAGGAGGCUGAUUUCGCAGCGACAGACAAGCAGGACAAGGGGCGGCUUGAGAUUGCGGAUUCUAAGACCGAGAAGAGCGACAAUACUGGUUGGUGGAACUUUAUGCAGUGGCGGCCACACUUUGGCAGUCGCAAUAUCAGACGUAUCGCUCAUGCAAGUAGGUUGCCUAACCGAAAGGACAAGCAGCUCCAACGUGCUGGAGAAAUCGUCAAUUCCAUGGUUAAGGGCGCUAUGGAUAGGCUAAGCAGCUUAAAUGACGACACCCCGUAUUGGCUGCGAACUGCUAACUUGACUGAGAAGGUUGAAAACCAACCUAUGGAGACCGCUGCACAAAUGGGGAUACGGCUGACAACGCAGGAUUACCGGAACGUGGCGAUUAACAUCGGCCGUGAAUACAUCAGAGCAGAGUUCAUGAGGGAAAUUCCCACAACAGAAGAGAUGCCGCACGAAGACAUGGACGUCGUGGUGAGUGCGGUGGAUCUUGCAGCUGCUCAUGGGAAGGAGAUUGCGGAGCGGUAUGGGGUCCGUGGGGAUAUCAUCCGAAACUUGAGUGAUGAGAGUAUUCGGAUCUUUGGAGCCAUUGGAACCCAGUGGCAUUAG